AUGGUCCAGAGAGUACUGGUAAAACUCGAUGUAAUGAAGGGAUAUGAGAAGAAAAUACUUAGCAAAUAUGAGCUAAUUGAGUGCCGAAAGCUGGGGAGAAUACAGGUAAACCCGUGUGUGAGAACUCCACUGACAUUUGACUUGAAUCUGAAUUAUGAAUUAUCUCGGCCUGCAAAAUCAAGUAUUUCUGGAACUCCAUCCGCUCAGCAUGUUAUUCAAGAUGAUCAGAGCGCAGUCCAGCAGUCACAAAGGCCCCAGUCUCAGUCAACACAAAAGAAGGAUCACUCUGGAAAACCUGUUGUGAGGCUAUUUAGUGCUCCAAGCUACCUGAAACGUAAUCAGAGAGUGAACAUGGAGGCUCUAGAUGGAGGUUUCACGCUCCUGAAACUAAAACAAAGGCUUAAACCUGCUCAUUCCGCCACAGAAGUUCAGAAAAGACCUGGGAGAGAGUCAGAGGCUGAAAGGAAAUCUCUGAGUGGCAUGGAUGAUUAUCACAGGAGUGUAUUUACAGGAGCCAGUCGUGAGGAUGGACGGACAACUGCUGCUGUGAGAAAAGGUGUUUAUGAUGAUGCCAAACAUGGAGUUGAUCAGGAACUGAAGAGAAGGGGUAAAGUCAAAUCCUGUACAAAUGUCCAUUUGUUACAAGAUAACCUGAACAAAAGAGACACUCUUUGGAAAUAUGACUUAACCAAUGAGGAAAAAAAUAUUAAGACCCACUUUGAGGAUGCAGAACUGAAAAAGGAGAAGGUUUCUGUACCUCUCUGCAUUGAGGAUGAAAUAGAAAAACCAAAUGCCAAAGUGAUCAGAGCUGGCAGUUCAAGGCCAAAAUGUGACGGUUUACCGAAGUCAAGUGAAUCAUAUCCCGUCUAUUGCCACAAUGAAGGAUAUGUAAAGAAGCAUGCAUUGAAUACAUGUCUUUCUAUGUAUGGGGAUGGAGCAUUUUAUGGUGUGAAUAGGAGUGGUGAAAUAUGCAUGCAGCUAAACCCGGUCCUACGAAAUAACUAUAAAGAAUCCAUUGCAAUCACCAGAAGUAAACAAAAUUCUCCCCCGAAUGAAACUACAAAGAGGAAGAAAAAGCCAGCCCUGUCUGGGAAACCAAAGCGCAUUGCUGUUCAGAUUUUAUCUGUGAAGAAAGCACCAUGUGAUGAUAUCUUCACAAGUUCUCAGAAAGAGAUUGUUCAGAAGAUGAGUGGAAGUGUCACAAAAACUUUCAGCAGAAAUAUGGUCCCUGAAAGGAGUAUUCCAACAAAUUUGCCUCAGCAUCAGAAAGAAAGCCUUAUGGUAUGUGGAGAGAAUCCAUUGCUGGCCAUAUACCGUACUAUUUCAUCUAGAAGCCUGAUUUCAGGAAUAAAAUCCCAACUUCCAGAUUUUUUUGAGAAGGAGUUAGCUUCCGCCGAAGAACCCCGUAAGAAGGAUAGAGUGCUUUUUGUGGACUACAUCCCCAUCUCAAAGCCAAUUCCAGUUCCAAGAUCUGGAAAUAAACUCGCAAACCACCACAAAUCCGUCCCUUCAGCUCGCAGUUCAUGCUCAUCUCAUGGUUAUGCUAAAAUCAUAUCAGUGGAAAGCAGCAAGUCUGAAGUGAAGUACCAGGAUAAUUCACACCAGAAACCUUUUCUGGAUGAAAACAGGGCAAGCAACAUGGAAGUCUCAGCCCAGUCCCCAACCCAAGAAGACAGUGAGAGGUUAAUUGGGCCAACAUCAUCACUAUCACUAAGGAGCUUUCAGGAAGAAGUAAAUAGUAGCCUUGAGCCCCAGAAAUCAGAAUUGGCCACACAUUCAGAAGACCAAUACGCUGGGUCUGCACACACUCCAGUUAUAAGCAUACCAACAGCAGAAUUCGAUGCCUCCGAAUCCCAUAGGGAUCAGAGCAUGCAGAACCUGUUACCUGUGGGUAAUGAAAAGUAG